AUGCACCCCCUCCUGCUCCUCAUGGCCUUUAUCAACCCCCCAGGACGAGGGGAGCCCUAUAAAUGUCAUCCUGGGGAUGACAACAUCGGGAGGCUGGACAGCACCCAGCAGCGCAUAUCUGUGCUCAGAGCCAUCCGCCAACCUGAAUAUGAUCAGCAGAACAACCUGAAUGACACCCACCUACCUGACCCUCUGGUUCCCCAGCCCAGCUGGCUUUCUCACAUCAUGCGGGCUCCACCCUAUUUUGGGACCGUGGAGGAGGAAGCAGCAGUGUCCAGGGGGACACCGGAGGCCCCCUUGUGUCACCAUGAGGCCCAGGGCAUCAUCUCCUGUGGAAAUAGGAUGGGGACUCCUCCAGCAGUCUUCACCAGGGUUUCCAGCUUCUUGUCCUGGAAUAUCUUAGAAAUUUAUGGAGACACAAAGGAGAGUGAUGAUUCCCUGGGACUAGAAGGAGAGAGCAAUGGGAAGAUCAGAUGGGGCAGAGAGGCCAGACCACACUCCCGGCACAUGGUGUCUGUACUUUCCUACAAUGACAUAGGUGGUGGGAGCAAAGGCGGAGGGUUCCUGGUACAAGACAACUUCGUGCUGGGAGCAGUUCACUGUAAUGGAAGAAAAAUAAGUGUCAUCCUGGGUGCUCACAAUAUCAGAAAAAUGGAAAACAGCCAGCAGGUCAUUCCUGUGCUCAAAGCCUUCCCUCACAACGAUAAUUCAAAGGUCAACGACAUCAUGCUACUGAAGCUGCAAAACAAGGCUCAACUCAAUUGGGCUGUGAAGACCAUCACUCUGCUGCAGAGCCGGGACUGGCUGAGGCCGGGGCAGGUGUGCAGUGUGGCAGGCUAUGGGAAACAGGCAAGUGGCAAAAAGGCAAACACACUCCAGGAGGUGGAUCUAGAAGUACAGAAUGAGCAGAAGUGCAAGGACCUCUUCAAAAACUACAACUCCAUCCAGCUGUGCGUGAGGAACCCUAACAACAAAAAGGCCACUGCAAGCGGGGACUCCAGGGGCCGCCUCAUGUGUAACAACAUGGCCCAGGGCAUUGUCUCCUUUGGAAAAAGCAAUGGGAAACCUCCACAUACCUUCACCAGGAUCUCGAGCUUUUUGCCCUGGAUAAAAAGCACAAUACUUCAGGCAGCAGGGACCAGACUCAGGUGCCCCCAGGAUUGA